CAGACUUCGUGUCCUGUACUGGUUUGUAGUCUCUGAGGAUGUCGGAGGAGCCCACGGUGUCUCUGGUUGAUGUUCUGGAGGAAGAUGAAGAGUUGGAGGAAGAAGCUUCAGCCGUGUUGGCAGGAAGUGACUCUGACCACUGCUCCUAUCCUCAGGGCUACGUGAAGCGGCAGGCUCUGUACGCCUGCAGCACCUGCACACCGAAGGGCGGCGAGGCAGCAGGAGUGUGCUUGGCCUGUUCAUACAAAUGUCACGAAGGUCACGACCUCUUCGAACUCUACACCAAGAGGAACUUCCGCUGUGACUGUGGAAAUGGGAAGUUCACAGAUCUGCAGUGUAAACUCUACCCUGAGAAGGAGGAGGUCAACAGUCUGAACAAAUACAGUCAUAACUUCUUUGGAGUGUAUUGUACUUGCAGCCGGCCUUACCCAGACCCAGACGACCAGGUGGAGGAUGAGAUGAUUCAGUGUGUGAUAUGUGAGGACUGGCUGCAUGGCAGGCACCUGGGCUGUGGGGUUCCAGACUGUGUGGAGCUGCAGGAGAUGAUCUGUGAGUCCUGUAUGAACAGAAACCCUUUCCUCUGGACCUACGCCGCUCACCUGGCAGUUCCGGGUGCAGCAGUGCAGGUGAAGGAGGAAACGGGAGCCGACGAGUCAAACGCAAACCCUUCUAACAAAGAAGAAAAGGGUGAUGAUGUCAUCCAGCCCAGCUGUAAGCGGAGCCGUGAGGAGGAGGAGCCAAGCUGCAGGCUGAAGGAGCUGCAGGUCAUUGGUCAGAAAAGACUCCAAUCGGGAGCCGUGUUCUGGCCGUCAGGGUGGCGCUCCAAACUCUGCUCCUGCAACACCUGCCAGGAGCGUCUCUCUGGAGCCAGUCUCUCCUUCCUGUUGGACGAGUCGGACACCGUCCUCGCCUACGAGAACAAAGGAAAGAGCAGCGAGCAGAGACAGCAAGGACACGACCCUCUGAUGUCAGCGCUGGACAACCUGAACCGAGUGCAGCAGCUGGAGAUCAUUCACGGAUACAACGACAUGAAAACGGAACUGAAGGACUUCCUGCAGACGUUCGCAGCAGAGGGGAAGGUUGUGACUCCUGAUGACAUCCGUCAGUUCUUCGAGCAGCAGAAGAGUCGAAAGAGACGACGAGACGACGCCAGGCCCUUCUACUGCACCUGAUGACCUUUGAUCUGCCACGACCUCGGAAUGACCUUUGACUUUUCUGCCCGGGAUGAUCCAUCUGUAUCUCCUUCCUGUUUUUAUCUGCUGUGUUUUAAAGCGCUCCCGUGUUCAGUGGUUCAGAGCUCGCCAUCGUUAACGUGUUUCCUUUGUAAUGAAAACUAAUAAAGCUGAAUCAGCAACA